AUGUCGGCUUUAGAAGAAAGCAAGACGAACGAUGUCAGGCAAGAAGUGGAGCCCGCGCACCUGGAGCAUGUUACCACCGACAUAGAAGACUUGAAAACUGCCCAGGUCGGUGAUCGCGUUGAUGAUCAGGUUCAAAAGUACGCUGCCAUGGGCCGCGUGGAAAUAGACGAGCCCACAAACCGUCGUCUCCGUCGUCUGAUUGACCGUCGAGUGCUAGUUAUCAUGGUGCUCACAUAUCUGGUUCAAGCGCUCGACAAGGGCACGUUAUCCUUCACAUCUAUCAUGGGGUUUUUGGAUGAUACACACGUAGACACCAAUCAGUACGCAUGGCUAUCAACAUGUGUCUAUAUUUCGAUUCUUGUGGUCGAGUACCCAACCAAUUGGAUCAUUCAACGCGUACCUAUAGCCAAGUACCUUGGAUGCAAUAUUAUCAUCUGGGGAUCUAUUCUCGCUUUACACUCGACCGUGAAGAACUUCGGCGGUAUUCUGACAGUGCGCAUUCUACUUGGUGUGUUUGAAGCAUGCGCCCAGCCCAGUUUUGUUCGCCUAUCAAGUAUGUGGUAUAAGCGCUCUGAACAGGCGGAAACCAUCACAUUCUGGUAUAUGAUGAACGGGUUUCAACAAAUGAUCGGGGGUCUUUUGGCAUACCUCUUCAGCCUGAUCGGCGCCGACAAAGUGAUCAAAUCCUGGCAAGCUCUCUUCAUUACCUAUGGAUGCGCCUCGGUUCUUUUUGGUGUCUUCGUUCUUCUCUUCAUGCCAGAUUCGCCCAUGACAGCGACGUGUUUCUCCGAAGAAGAUAAGAGACUAAUGGUGGAGCGCGUUCGAGACAAUCGCACAGGAAUCCAGAACAAGAAGUUUCGAAAAUACCAAGUGUACGAGGCCUUGUCGGAUCUUCAGAUGUGGUGCUACUGCGGAAUUCAGCUCUUCACCACUAUGCCCACUAGCGGACUGGGCACAUUUGCGAACAUCAUUAUCAAAGGAUUUGACUUCACCACACUCCAGACGCAGUUGCUGUCGAUGGUUCUCGGAGCAUACAUCAUUCUUGUGCUUCUUACCUCGACAUGGCUGGUGAAGAAAACCCAACAAAACUUAAUUGUCAUGGCAGCUUAUUGUAUACCAUCUUUCAUAGGUACUAUUGUUCUGAUGACCGUUCAAAAUACUACCGUGGCAACAAAGGCAGGAUUGUUGAUGAGUUACUACAUCACACUGUCGUUCUGGGCAGCACAAACCUUGACAUUAUCGUUGAUCUCCCGCAAUGUUGCCGGACAGACGAAAAAGUCCACUGUUAUCGCAGCCAAUUUUAUCGCUUGGGCAAUCGGAAAUGCGAUCGGACCUCAAAUUUUCCGAUCUAAAGAUGCGCCACGCUAUUUCACGGCUUUUAGUGUCCACCUUGGCUGCUACACGAUUUUGGAGUUUAUCCUCUUGUUUCUUAGGUUCCACCUCAAGAAGCAGAACACUAUGAAAGAUCAACUGCAGGGUGUGGAAGACGUGGAAUCUCCGGAUAACGGUGAUCUUGAUGGUUUUGAAGAUCUGACAGAUAAGGAAAACCUCCGAUUCCGAUAUGUUUACUAG